GUUGGUUUAUCGCUUGCCGGCGAGCUCCGGACUCCUCAAAGAGAUUAAAUCAAAUGAAACCGUGGUCAUUGUUGGAAACUGAUUAUGCAAAGACAUGAAAACAGUUUUUUAACAUUAUUUACAGAAUCUUUCAGGGACGAACAUUAUUUCCUUCUAAGCAGGAUGCUUUUUUGCCGCUGACCUUUAGAUUCUACAGACACGUGCACCAGAAGAUGGAAUCUGCUGGUAACGUAUUGCAGAGAACUGCCCGUGGAUCCUUGGCUUAUGUCCAGAGUCCGGGACAAUCGCCUGGGGUGAUGUUCUGCUGUGGGUACGGGUCAGACAUGAGUGGGACUAAAGCCCUGGCUCUUGAAGAUUACUGCAGACGUAACAACAGAUCUUUUGUAAGGUUUGAUUAUACACGCUGCGGGAAAUCUGAUGGGGAUUUUAACAAGUCCACCCUUGGUGAGUGGAAGGAAGAUGCACUGGAUGUGUUAGACCAGGUGGCACAGGGACCACAGGUCAUUGUUGGCUCCAGUAUGGGAGGUUGGCUGAUGCUGUUCUUGGCGAUGGAGAGACAAGAAAGAGUUAAAGCCCUUGUAGGUGUGGCUGCUGCCCCAGACUUCACACGCUGGAGGGUGUACUCUGAACAGGUGCUGGAAGAUCUGAAAACGAAAGGAGUGGCUUAUUAUGAGACACCCUAUGGGACCAUGUCAAUAUCCAGAAAGUUCUUAGAGGAGAGUGAAAGUCAUUGGCUUUUGAACAAGGCUGUGCUGAAUAUCACCUGCCCGGUGCGGCUACUGCAUGGGAUGAAGGACGACUCUGUUCCAUAUGACAUUUCUCUGCAGGUGGCAGACAAAGUUGUCAGUGAAAAUGUUGAGGUUUUGCUUAGGAAAUCUGGUGACCACAGACUGUCUACUCCGGAGGAUAUUUUACUGCUGACCCAAACUCUAGAUAAACUGCUUACCUGAUCAGUGAUUCUUAAGAUGUCAGAUGACCACAGACUCUCCACACCAGAGGAUAUUUUACUGCUGACCCAAACUCUAGAUAAACUGCUUACCUGAUCAGUGAUUCUUAAGAUGUCAGACGACCACAGACUCUCCACACCAGAGGAUAUUUUACUGCUGACCCAAACUCUAGAUAAACUGCUUACCUGAUCAGUGAUUCUUAAGAUGUCGGAUGACCACAGACUCUCCACACCAGAGGAUAUUUUACUGCUGACCCAAACUCUAGAUAAACUGCUUACCUGAUCAGUGAUUCUUAAGAUGUUGGAUGACCACAGACCCUCCACACCAGAGGAUAUUUUACAGCUGACCCUGACUCUAGAUAAACUGCUUACUUGAUCAGGUGUGAUGAGGAAAUAUAUAAGGAGGGAGAUGACGGAUAGGUCAUAAGGGAUAUCAUAGUACCAAAUGCUGGAUUGUAAUAGUUAAAUCUUCCAGAUUGUGGACAUUGUUAGUGAUCUUUUGACAAGAAAUUCUAUGAUUAUCAAGACACAGUGCUACUUUUUAAUGAUCUUCUCAAAUUACACGUAUAUCCUGCAGAUAAGUCAGAAUGAAGAAAUAAUUCUAUCCAGGUUAAAUAUUUUAUGUGUAAUAGAUCUUCUGUUUAAUGUCAAAGUUUUGAAGGAAUAUCUCUUAAUUUGUCAGAUAAUUAGGUAAAG